GUCAUCCUAAAACAGUGAAGGCAAAAGGAAGUCAGACAGCAUUCAAAGUAAAAGGGCUGUGUGGUUUUCACAGCAUAAUUCGUUCCUGGAAAACUCAGCCAAGGGACUGAGGGCAUUUCCAUGAUCUUCCCAUAUGGGUCUCAUCAUUCUUUUUAGAGUUCAUCGUGAAGCAGGAGGUGAAAAGAGACCUUCAUAAUUGAAGAGAGAGCUGACUGUGCUAGAAUGGUAAAUUCCUUUAGAUUCUUAGAUAAACUGUAACAUUUGUACAACUAAAAUAUCAGCUGACAUGGAGAUACCAGGAUAGAUAGCUAGAUACUCAGCAUUUCACAGGAAUGGACUGAUAGCGAGGAUUUAACUGAAUAUGAUAUCAUUCAAAGGCUGAGCACAGUUUAUACAAGAAGAAGAUGGGAAAUCAAACCACCAUGAUCAAGUUCCUUCUCCUGGGAUUCUCUGAUGUUCGGGAGCUGCAGAUUUUACACUUUGCAGUGUUUCUAGUGAUUUACCUGGCAGCUUUGUUGGGGAACUUUAUCAUCAUCACAGUCGUAGCUGUCGAUCACCACCUUCACACCCCCAUGUACUUCUUCCUCAGCAACUUAUCAUUCAUAGACCUCCUCUACAUCUCUGUCACUGUCCCCAAAUCUAUGGUCAAUUCCCUGUGCAACACUAGAGUGAUCUCUCUCCCUGAAUGUGCUGGACAAUUGUUUUCAUUUGUUUCCCUGAUAGCUACCGAACUCAUUUUCCUCACUAUUAUGGCAUUUGACCGCUAUGUUGCUAUAUGCAAACCUCUGCACUAUACAAUCACUGUGAAUAAGAAUCUGUGUCUUAAGUUAGCCUGUGGGUCAUGGGCGGGCUGUGGAUUGUAUUCCGCUUUGCACACUGUAAGUACAUUUUCUCUGCCCUUCUGUGGUUCGGUUAUCAACCAGUUCUUCUGUGAUAUCCCCCCACUGCUGAAUCUCCGUUGCUCCAAGGACAAUAUUAGUGAAACUGUGAUGAUCGCCAUUGGUCUUUGUUUGUGUUUCAGCUGUUUUGCUUUAAUAGCUGUGUCUUAUGUUAAAAUCUUCUCUGCCAUCCUGAAAAUACCUUCCAUUCAGGGUCGGCAUAAGGUCUUCUCCACUUGUCUGCCCCACCUCAUGGUCGUCACUUUAUUCCUCAGUACGAGCAUUUUUGUCUAUAUAGUGCCCACCUCCAACUCGCCAUCUAAGCAAAACCUGGUGGUGGCUGUUUUCUAUACUGUGCUGCCACCACUGAUUAACCCUUUCAUCUACAGCCUGAGAAACCAAGAGAUCAAAAAGGCCCUGGGAAAACUGAUUGGGAGAAAUUUUCAUCCUAACAAUAAAAUGUCCAUCCCUGAAGAAGAGCUCUGUGUGUAA